AUUGUCACGCAGGAUUUAAUAGAGAGAGAUCUGCCGAAAUAUGUCCAGCUGCUGAAUAGCCUCACAGAGCAGGUGGUUUCAGUCACAAGUCAUGUCCGUGAGCUGCUAACUAAGGUCAAAAAUGGGAUGUUUGAGACAUCAAAGGGAUUGUCGUUCCUGGACGUCCGCUACCACCUGCUGCUCUUCUACCUUCAGGACCUCACCCACCUGAUUGCCAUCAAGACAGAUGGAGGCAAAAUAGAAGAGAGCGAGGCCUUGAAUAGAAUUGUCAAAGUCAGAACGGUGAUUGAGAAAAUGCGACCACUGGACCACAAGCUCAAGUACCAGAUUGAUAAACUUGUGCGUACGGCUGUUACUGGAAGUUUAGCUGAAAACGACCCGCUGCAGCUGCGUCCAAACCCUGAGAAUCUCAUCAGCAAACUGAGUGAAUCUGAGUCUGAAGGUGAAGAGAACAACGCGGCCUCAGAGAAGACAGCAGCUCACUCUGGUGGCAGGAAAUAUGUACCUCCAAAGAUUGCACCAAUGCACUACGAUGGCGACAUGACGGAAGCAGACAGGAAGAAGGCACAGAUGGACCGCCAGCGACAAGCAGCGCUCAGAAGUUCAGUGAUCCAGGAGCUGAGGCAGCAGUACAGCGAUGCCCCCGAGGAGAUCAGGGAGAAACGAGACUUCCAGACUGAGCGGGAGAGCCGCGAGGAGCUCCACAGGAAACAUUACGAGGAGUCGAUGAUGGUGCGUCUGAAUGUGACAAAACAUCAGAGGAAUGCCAGGAAGAGAGGCACGAUGUCCAUGUCCGGCCAGCUGAACAGAAUCACACACUUCGGUGACAUCACAGCGUUGACCGGUGGUGACGGCGGACAGGAUGGGGAUAUCUCCCGACCCAAGAAAAAGAAGAAACUCAUGAAGAAAGCAACCAAAAGAAAAGCCUUUAAGAAGCACAGAUAGGAAUCCAAUGCCACCAACACCAAAGGACACAAUUUUCUAUAAUCAUCUUCCGAUGUUUUGUCUGGAUUCUACGUGUGUUAUCUA